AUGCCCCCCCUAAUCCACAUAGUCCGCCACGGCGAAGCCCUCCACAACACACACCCCGCCUCCCCGCACCGCGACCCCCCCUUGACAAAAUCCGGCCACUACUCCACAAAACACGCACACCUCCCCGCUUCCCCAGACCUCAUCCUCAUCUCCCCCUUGACGCGCACCAUUCAAACCGCCCUAAACAUGUUUCCUUUUCUCUCUUCUUCCUCCCAAUCCCCCUCCUCCUCCUCCUCCUCCUCCUCCUCUACAUCAUCCACAAAACGCAUCCCGGUACACAUCUGGCCCGACCUCCGCGAAACGUCGCCAACCAGCCCGUGCAACCAAUGCUCGCCGCGCGCCCAUCUCGAAGCCACGUUUCCACAAUUUGAUUUCUCGGGGUGUAGUGAGGAUGGGGAUUAUGCGGAGGAGGAAGAGAGUGGGGUGGGGCAGAGGGCGGAGAGGGUGAGGAGACGGGUGGGCGAGAUGGUGGAAAGGGAGGGGUAUGAGAAUGUUUUUUUGGUUACGCAUAGGGGGUUCAAGGAGGGGUUGGUGGGCGGGAGGCGGUUUGGGUUGGCAGAGGUGAGGUCGUAUAGGGUUGAGGGGGAGGGGGAG